AUGGGGGCUGUGGUGGGCACGCUGACCAUGCAGACCAAGACCAGGAGGCUGUCCAGGGACAAAACUGAUGAUGACUUGGAGGUCACCAUGGUGUGCCAUCGACCGGAGGGCCUUGACCAGCUGGAGGCGCAAACCAAAUUCAACAAAAGAGAGCUCCAAGUGCUCUACAGGGGCUUUAAGAAUGAGUGUCCAAGUGGCGUAGUAAAUGAGGAAACCUUCAAGCAAAUAUACUCCCAGUUCUUCCCACAUGGAGGUAAGAGCGUGUGUUUUCACUUUCUUCUUCUUCCUGCAGAUGCCAGCACCUACGCACACUAUCUGUUCAAUGCAUUUGACACAGCACACAGCGGCUCCAUAAAGUUUGAGGACUUUGUGAACGCUCUGUCCAUCCUGCUGAGGGGCUCCAUCACUGAGAAGCUACAGUGGACCUUCAACCUUUACGACAUCAACAGAGAUGGAUACAUCAACAAAGAGGAGAUGACAGACAUCGUUAGAGCGAUAUACGACAUGAUGGGGAAGUACACUUACCCUGUCUUGAAAAACGAUGCACCUAAGCAGCAUGUGGAAGCCUUCUUUCAGAAAAUGGACAAAAACAGAGACGGUGUGGUCACUCUGGAUGAAUUCAUCCUCUCUUGUCAAGAGGAUGAAAACAUCAUGAGGUCUCUACAGCUCUUUGAAAAUGUCAUCUAGACAACAACAAAGAGGGAGACGGCGCAAAAGACGAAAGCACAGGCCGAGAGAAGAGAAAAGAACACAUAUGGAAGAGAAGGAGAGACGAACAUGCAAGAGAAAAGGAACAGCAUAGCUUGCCAUUGAAACUAAAAAAUUGGAUCUUGUCUUUUUGUGAAGGACGAUUGGCACAAAACUUCAUAGAAGGGAUCUUGCUGUAACAAAUACGUGGCGACACGUUUUGGAAAACGUCCUUUGGACUUAAACCCUUUAUUUGACCUCUGUAACCAUUUACCUUGUCUCCAUCUCCCUCCUUUGUUGCUGUCGCCUCAGACAUUUCAUGGCAUUGUGUAAAUACUGAUCCUCUCACAUUUGGUCCAAUACUUUUCUGAAACGUGUAAGUUGAACCACAUUAUCAAGCAGGACUGGAAUUCCCAGAAGCAGCUUAGCAGUGAGAUCAACCCAAUGCAUACUUUGUGCAUUAGAGGUUUACAUAACAGCUGUUUUCAUCAUGAAUUUCUGUGUCAAUACCACAAACGUCAGCAAUAUUGUGAAGCAUGCAAGACAGAGGCCUAUUUAACUUGCAUAUGUCCCGUAAAAAACUUGGUGGUAAUUUACUCAGCUAAGUGCAUACAUUUGGGAAGUCACGGUCUGAGCGUAGCAACUCACAGAACCACCUCAUCAGGCCCGUUAAGGUUUGCAGAGCUGAAUUCAACCUCAGCCAAGCUUGCAGUCUUUUGUCUCGUGGCAGCUUGCAACAGUCUUUACAUCUACUGAGUGUGUGUUCCAGUGGCGUCAGUCAGUGUUUCAAUGUUGUAACGACUCGAUUGUAGAUAUUUAUUUGUUGUAUUUGUGGCCUCUUCACGCCAUGUGGAAUUAUUCAUGUCUUGUCUGCUGUUUCUGAUUCUGACUAUCAGUCUGUCUUUCUGUCAAAUUGGAUACAAAUAAUUAUUCUACAUGACACUCAAUGUUAAAUAAAUAAAGAGUCCAUUUAGAAGUUUACGGGC